CUACAGCCUGAAGCCCAUCAUCAAUGUUCUGUGUUACACGGCAGAGUUAAUUAAAGUUUCAUAAAUGAUUCAUUCUCCUCUCNAUGAUGGUGAAGCCAACCAAUCCUCGAACUGACAUCCACUAUUCAUUCUCCUCUCUUCCUCCUCAAACUAGAGUUGAUAUAGAAUAUGAAGAUGAUUGGUCUGAAUGUAUUGAGUCUUGUUCUAUUCAUAAUUUUGACGCCAAUCUUGACAACCUUCUGAAUCAGCUGGCUGCAAGUGGGCCUAACAGUGGAUUCUACAAAACCACAGCUGGGGAGAAGUCAGACAAGAUUUAUGGUCUUGUGCAGUGUAGAGGGGAUGUUUCUACAGCAAACUGUGCUAGCUGCACAAGCAAAUCCAUAGCUGUUGCCUUGCAGGAUUUUCCCGAGAGCAAAACGGUUAAGGUUUGGUUCACAUCGUGCUAUCUUCGGGUUCAACUUCACGAACAGGCUUGCAGCUGCUGCAGCAAAUUAGACGCUGAUAUUUCAGGCUGGAGUGCUGGAGAUAGCGGGAACAGUUAUCGUAUGGUCCAGUGCGCCAGGGAUAUUAUCAGAGCUAACUGCAGCAAGUGCUUGGAUGCUCAGCUGAUGAUUUUUAAAACCAUAGUUGGAAAAUAUAGUGUUGACGGAAGCUUCCAGCCCAUGAAAGUCCACCCCAUUUUUCUACCGUCCUAUGGCCAAAGGCUGCACCUAUAAGCAGCAGUUGCUGAAAAUUUGCAAUGGUUUUUUCAACCAUUGCAGAAACCUCAUUUAAUGAGGUGAAGAAAUGUUGCACCGGGUUGUUGGGUUUUUACCCUAUAAAUACCCAUGCAAUGG